AUGGCUCCGAAGCGCCCGGCGGCGGCAUCUGAGGCGGCCGCUGCGGGGGCGAAGGCUGCGAAGAAGGACGGCGUGGCCCAGUAUGCGGCUUGCUCUCUGGAAUGCUGCGACUUCUCCCGCGACACGGAGACCUACUCUGUCCGUUGGGAUGUACUGCUUGACGUUAAUGAUUGCCGUUACGAGUUGCUGAAGAAGCACAACCUCAUGUUUGCCGUGGUUCCCUCAACCUACAUGUGGGAGGAUGGCAGCGGCAUGGACAAGCAUCUUUAUGAGGCGAAGGCGCAGUGGUCGCCGCUGCAAAUCGCCAUCUACCAGUCCCUGGCGACCAUCGCCCACGACCUGCUUUGCAGGAAGGGUACGACCUCCCUCCAGGACUUGGCAGGACAAGGUCCUCUCGAGGUGGUACCAGGAAAACUGACUCUGGUCACGGAAUUCGGGCGGGCUUUCUGCACGAAGGAGCACUCCCCGGAGGAGAUGCAUUGUUGUCACGAUCGCUAUACCAGCGAUUACCAUGCGCCCAUGCCAACCUGCUUCUGUGACCUGCAGAAAUUUGUCGAGUUCUCCAGCAAGGAGAAACUGAAGGAGAUGAAAUCGGACCUGGAAACAGCGGGCUUCCCGCCGGUCAUCCGGAGCUGA